CGACGAGUUCAGUUCAAAACUGCGCUGUGCGCUUCCGCUGCUUGCUAUCUUCUCCGGUUCCCAAUGUCUUCCCUCCUCCGCGCCUCGCCCUUGUCCCUCCUCUCCCGUCUAAAGCCAAGGCCAUCCCCCGUGAACCUCCGCCGCCUCCUCCCGCUCUCCACCACCUCGGACUCUGUCCCCGCGCCCCAGCUCCGAACCCUAGAGUCCGCGGGGGCCACCAAUACGGCUGCGACCCCGCCGGAGGAAGUGGCGGCGCCCGCCCCGGCUGGUGCGAAGGUAGAGAGGUUACAGCCGCUGCAGUGGCCGCCGAGGGAUGCGCUGUGCAGCGAGCUCGGCGCUGGGGACGCUGGGCGCAGGGUAAAGCGAUCCACUCCCGCCACCUCAGAUUCCGGUAUGGUGAAGCUCCUCGCCGACAUCCUCCACCACACCGCGCCGUCCACCUGGACGUUCGCCCUCGCCGCGCCGCUGCUCCGCCAACGCCUCACCUCCGCGCACGUCUCUUCCCUCCUCAUCCUCCCGGCCUCUCUCCGCCGGCCCGAUCUUUCCCGUCGGUUUCUCCUCCUGUUGCCUUCCCACCUCGUCUCCCCGGUCUCCCUCUCUCUGCUUGCCCUCUCCUUCCUCUCCUCGUCCCCUUCGUCCUCGGCAUCCUCCCCGCACGCUGACUCCCUGCUUCUCUCCCUCGCUUCAUCCACCCCGUCCGCGUCCUCCUCAUUUUCGUAUCUCUCACACGCUAACACGCUCGCCAUCUUCCGACCUGGCGCCGCCACCGCCGCCGCCACGCUUCUUGCCUCCUCGUACCUCCGGAUCCGCCGCGCCCGCGACGCUGCCACCGUCCUGCGCCUAUCUCUCUCGUCCGGCAUUGCGAUGAAGCAAUACACCGCUUCACAGAUACUUUUUGCUCUCAUUAAGAUUCGGCAAUUUGCUCUUGCCCGCGACCUGUUCGAUGAAAUGCUUCAAUAUAAAUUUCCCUUGGACGAGUAUGUUUACACGGCCGGAAUUCGGGCCUACUGUGAGAUAAGGAAUUUGGAUGGCGCGAGGAGAUUGUUGGCGAGGAUGGAAAGUGAGGGUGUUAAGGGCAGUGCUGUGCCAUACAAUGUGUUGAUGUAUGGUCUCUGCAGAAACAAUCGUGUUCUUGAGGCAGUGGAGGUGAAGAACAAUAUGGUGGGGAGAGGAAUUGUCGCUGAUGAAGUUACGUACCGAACUCUUGUUUACGGGCUUUGUCGGACUGAUGAACUAAAAAUGGCAUUGGAAAUGACUGAUGACAUGCUUAGUCUGUACUUUGUGCCAUCAGAAGCCAGUUGCUCAUUUAUGCUUGAUGGGCUACGAAAGAGAGGACACAUCGACAAGGCCUUCAGGUUAGCUUGUCACUUGGGUGAGUUGGGCAUGGUACCAAACCUGUUUGCAUGUAAUGCAUUGAUCGAUAGACUGUGCAAGGAUGGAAGAUAUAGGGAGGCAGAAAAGCUCUUCAGAGGGAUGGCAGACAGAGGUCUAGAUCCAAAUGAGGUGACCUAUGCUAUACUGAUACAUUCCUUGUGCAAGAGGGGUAUGAUGGAAGAUGCACUUUGCAUGUUUGAUAGGAUGAGGGAGAAGGGAAUCAGAAUGACUGUUUAUCCAUACAACUCUUUAAUUAAUGGUUACUGCAAACACAACAAUUUUCAUCAGGCAAGAGGUCUUCUGAAUGAGAUGGUUGCGAAGGGAUUGACACCAAGUCCAGCAUCAUAUUCCCCUCUUAUAGCUGGUUUAUGUAGGAAAGGGGAUCUGGCCAGUGCAAUGGAGCUCCACAGGGAGAUGACCAGGAAUGCUGUUUCAGGGAAUGUAUAUACAUUUACAGCUCUUAUCAGUGGUUUCUGCAAGGAUGGAAAUAUGGAUGAAGCAACUAGGUUGUUUCAUAAAAUGAUGGAGAGUUCCCUAGUGCCAAAUGAAGUGACUUUUAAUGUUAUGAUAGAAGGGUAUUGCCGUGUAGGCAAUAUUAGGAAGGCAUUCCAGUUAUAUGAUCAGAUGCUAGAUAGAGGCCUAACACCUGACAAUUACACUUACAGGUCACUGAUAAGUGUAGUUUGUUUGACGCUAGGUGCCAUGAAAGCUAAGGAAUUUGUUGCUGAUCUAGAAAACAACUGUGCUGUGCUAAAUAGUUUUAGCCUUACAGCACUUAUGCAUGGAUUCUGCAAAGAAGGAAGGUUAACUGAAACGUACCAAGUUUGGGAUGAUAUGAGAGCACGGGGAGUCAAGCUUGAUCUUAUCAGUUUUACUGUAAUUGCAUAUGCAGCUCAGAAACUGCAUGACAGGGAGAAAAUAAGCAUGUUAUUUGGGGAAAUGAAAGCAAAAGGUGUCAAGCCAGACAAUGUGUUUCAUACAUGCAUGAUUCAUGUGCACUCAAAGGAAGAAAAUAUAGUUCAAGCUUUAAACUGCUGGGAUAAGAUGAUAGAUGACGGAUGCUCUCCAAAUGUUAUCACAUAUACAGUUUUAAUUAAUCAUCUAUGUAAGUCUGGAUAUUUGAGCAGCGCAGAGAUCCUCUGUAAAGAAAUGUUAGCUGGACACUUCCUUCCUAAUAGCUAUACUUAUAAUUGCUUUCUUGAUUAUCUGGCAAAUGAAGGAGAGCUCGAAAAGGCUAAAGUUCUACACGCAGCCAUGCUUGAAGGCUGUUUAGCUAACACAGUGACAUUUAACACAUUGAUCAAAGGGUUCUGUAUGGCUGGGCAGAUCCAAGGGGCAAUUGACCUUAUGCAGAAGAAUACUGAGAGUGGUUUCUUUCCUGAUUGCAUCAGCUAUUCUACAAUAAUAAAUGAGCUCUGUAAGGUUGGUGACACCAAUAAAGCAUUUGAGCUUUGGAAUGAAAUGUUAUACAAAGGACUGAAACCUGAUAUUGUGGCAUACACUAUUUUGAUUCGCUGGUGCAACAUUCAUGGUGAAUUUGAUAAGGGCUUAGGAAUUUACAGUGAUAUGGUUAAAAAUGGUGUGCGACCAAACUGGGACACAUAUAGAGCUCUUUUCUUAGGAGCUUCUUUGAUGACCACAAAUGGAAGAACUUUACUAUUGACCACCUGAUGUUAGGGCAAUAUCUGUUCUCAUCUACUGGAAUAGGCUGAAUCAAGACGGAUGCAAGAUGCAAAAAUCAAUCUGACCCUGAACUGUUGCUUCAUAUGCAAGUGGCUAUAAGCCUAAAACAUACGCAUGCAUAUCUGCAUAUUGGCUUUUUUCUAUGCUUGAGAAGAUGGAUUCCAGUCUGAGGUCAAUUUAAAGUAUGAAUAUUAUACAAUCACAAAGGGUCAGGAAGAAAAGUGAUCGAAAACUUCAUCAAAUUUAUGCUGCUGAACUUGCAAAUAUAGAUUUUGCAUAUGGUGGUGGCUGGUGACAGUGUUGCCAGAGUACCCAGAGGUUUACAACAUAGUAAACAAGCUGAGGGUGGAGUCAGUGGUUGCUGUUGAAGGUGUGAUCCAGCCACGCCCGGUGGAUGCCAUCAAUGCAGAUAUGAGGACCGGGACUAUAGAGGUUGUGGCACAUCAUGUUCUAGUGCUGAACUCAGUAACCCGGUCACUGCCGUUUCCAGUUACAAUUUCUGAUACUGUAAAAGAGAAGUUUCCAGAAGAAAUUAGAUUGAGUUGAAUACUGUAGGUUUAGAAUGUUGGGACUUGUGUCGUCCACAAAUGCAGUCAAAUUUGCGGUUGCGCCAUAAUGUUGUUAAACUCAUACGCCGCUACUUGGAGGAUGAACAUGAAUUUGUUGAGGUUACAUGUUCCAAGGUAGAUUGAGACUCCUGUUUUGUCCAAGUCUACACCUGAAGGUGCUCGGGAGUCGGGACUAUCUUGUACCAUCGAGAGUUCAGGAGGCAUUGCCUAUGGAUUGGAUCGGUUGGUGAUGCUUUUGGCGGGUGAGAGCUCGAUCCGAGAUGUGAUUGCUUUCCCCAAGACCACGACUGCUCAGUGUGCACUCACCGAAGCACCAUCAGCUGUAGAACCACAGCAACUGAAGGAUCUCGCCUUCCCCAAACCUACUUCGUGAGACGCUGUUCAUGUGUUCAUGACAAAAAUUCCGUGCUCUCAAGGACAGCUAUAGUUUGCUUCUUCUAGUUUUUGAGUGUAUUGGCCUAUUCUAUUUUUGCAUAGUAUAGAAUGCACAGUUUUUGGACCGUGAAUCCGUGAUAAAUUUGUAGAAGAUGCUUAACAUGCCAAAGUUCUGGAAGAGUAUUGUUUUAAUAGCGGUGCUUAUGUGUUUGUGCUUGUGCACAAACUUACCUGGCAUAUUA